AUGUCUAGUUUGUUAACUGGUUUUGUUGGAGAAAAGCGUGUUCCAUCAGCUCCAUAUAAGCAUCUUCCUGUUCACCCGCUGAUAUCUCCUGCAGUGGACUUUUCGUUUCGUAAUAUCUGCAGAGUUCGACCAUCAUGUGCAAACUGUUUCCCACAGACAUCGGAAGACCUUUAUCAUAACUAUGUCGAUCUGUUUGAUUUUUCCAAGGUUAGUUAUGAGGAAGUAGCUGCCGUGAUGAAAACUGAAGAAGCCAAAAGUCCGAAUAUCUCGAAGCAGGCCAUCAAGAAGAAAGUUGUGGCAUUUUACUACGAGAUUCGAGCUACUUUAUCACGUUUUAUCUGCAAAAUAUGUGGUUAUCUCCUUUUCAAGGUAUUCCGCCGCCUGAUGACUCGUUUGUUGAUCAGCCCACUGCAGAUGAAACGAAUUGUUGAAGCGGAAAAAACGGGUAUACCACUUGUCUACCUUCCCCUUCACCGGUCUCAUCUUGAUUAUCUCUUAAUCACUUGGACUGCGUGGCACUUUGGUCUUCGAUUGCCCCAUAUUGCUUCCGGUGAUAACCUAAACCUCAGCGGUCUUGGCUGGCUUCUGCGAUCUACUGGAGCGUUUUUCAUUCGAAGGCGCACAGAUGAACACGAUGAAGGGGGAAAAGAUGCCUGCUAUCGAUGUCGGUUUGGUAAAUCACAACUACCUAAACAUGGACUUAUAUCUAAUGUUGUAAAAGCCGUACAGGAGAGAACUAUAUCAGAUUGUUAUUUAGUACCGGUAUCGUAUACAUAUGACAGCGUUGCCGAAGGAACUAUAUCAGAUUGUUAUUUAGUACCGGUAUCGUAUACAUAUGACAGCGUUGCCGAAGGUGUGUUUUUGGACGAACUAAUGGGGAUACCCAAAUGCUUUGCGGGUGUUUUGAGAAGUUUUGGCAAGUCUAGACGUUGUGGUGCAGUGCGGAUGCAUUUUGGAAAUCCCGUCCUGCUCACGGAUUACAUGAAUGCACUUCACGAAGCACUGUCAUCUCGCAAUGUCAUGCCUCAGCUGAGUCGUAUUCCCCACACAGUGUCAUACAGGGAACUUGUUCCCUGGCAUGCAGGACAUAAAGAAAAACCAGAUGACAGGAGUUUAAUACGAGCUAUAGGCUACCAUAUUGUGCAUGAGGCGCAGUCCAUUAUUUCCAUCUCUUUGGUUUCUGUAAUCUGUUCACUGCUGCUAUGCAAGUUCCGCCAAGUUGGUUUUUUCCAUAUGGUCAUAUACGAGUUUGUCCAUUAUUUGCCGAACUUUUAA